AUGCGAUUCCGCGAUAGAACCCACACGACGUACGAGAGCGAGGAUGAGAAGCCACCAGCGGAAGUCGGGCUGCGCGAUCGCAUUGUACAUUUCACAUGGCCAUGGUUCGCAUGCACCAUGUCGACAGGAGCGCUAGCUGUCGUUCUCGGGAACACCCCGAACAAAUUCACUGGCCUACAGACCAUCGGAAAGGUCGUCUUCAUCUUCGACCUCGUACUCUUCGCCAUCUUCAACCUAUGCAUGUUCGCGCGGUUCUUACUCGUCCCCCGGAAGCUCCUCGGAUCGCUACAUCAUCCAGUCGAAGGCCUUUUCUUCGGCACGUACUGGGUCUCCGUCGCCCUGAUACUCAACUGCACGUACAUCUACGGCAACCCAUCGACCGGGUCAUGGCUCACCAAAGCGCUUGAGAUCACCUACUGGAUGUACUGUGCCGCAGCCUUCCUCGUUGGCAUCAUCCAGUACUCCCUCUUCUUCCGUCUCGAGCGCCUCAACGUUGGCGAUGCCGUUCCGGCUUGGAUCUUCCCAAUAUACCCUUUGCUGGUUGUAGGCACGCUGGCUGGCACUAUACUUCCUGCCCAACCUGAAAAUCCCAGCUGGAAGAUAUUCAUCGGGGCGAUAUUCUUUCAGGGGCUCGCGUGGGUCGUCUCCUUCCUGCUGUAUGGGCUCUACAUGCAGCGCCUGAUGACGAGUUCUCUACCCUCUCCUACCACGCGACCAGGAAUGUAUGUUUCCGUUGGUCCAGCAGGUUACACUGCUGCCGGACUCCUCUCCCUUGCAAAUCAAGCGCCGUCGCUCGUUGCCGAAAACUACUUCACGAAUACCGUAGUCCCAGACGGCGAAAUCGUACGAAUCAUUGGCAUCAUGUCAGGUCUCUUUGUCAUACUGUUCGCGUACUGGUUCUUCAUCAUAACAACGAUCGCCGUCAUAGUGGGAUCACGUAGGAUGUCGUUCUCGCUAAACUGGUGGGCAUUCAUUUUCCCGAAUGCAGGACUCACGCUUGCAACGAUACAAGCAGGAAAAGUGCUAAACAGCGAAGCUAUCAACGGUGUCGCGAGCGCAUUGACUAUUCUAUUGGUCAUCAUGUGGUUUGUCGUGGCAGCCUUCUGCAUUCGUGCCGUGUACCUUGGACAAGUCUUGUGGCCAGGAAAGGAUGAGGACAAGACCAUGGAGAGGUUGGCAUGGGGUUGGCAGGACAACAGGGGAAACCCAGAGGCUGGCAAGAUCAGGCCCUAA